CUGCCAUAUGAGGACACCGCACAGCAGCUGUCGUGCUGGGAGGCGGUUUGGACACAGUUUGCAGCGAGUACCACGUGUUUCGGUUCCUAAUUUCGUGGCGCUCAAGAAAAUUCAUAAAUCUGCACUUUAAGAUUUUACAUUAACAAAUAAAUGGGCGCUGUUUUCGUUCGGAAUGAGCAGUAACGGAAAUAAUGUCCUUUUCCGUGCUCUCGUUACUUCUGUUGAAUGCAAUGUGUAAGCUGGGAUCGGCUCUGACGCCGCCCAGUUUCGUGAUCCUGCUCGCGGACGACUUAGGCUUCGGAGACCUGCAAUCCUACGGACACCCGGUGACGUCGGAGACCCCCGCCCUCGAGCGGCUGGCGAACGGCGGACUGCGCUUCACAGACUUCUACAGCAGCAGUCCAGUGUGCAGCCCGUCCAGAGCGGCGCUGCUGACGGGCCGCUACCAGACGCGCUCCGGGGUUUAUCCUGGUGUCUUUUACCCGGGAUCCAGAGGAGGCCUUCCUCUCAACGAGACGACCAUUGCAGAAGUACUGAAGCCACUGGGCUAUGCGACAGCCAUCGUGGGAAAGUGGCACCUUGGGGUGGGGCCAAACAGAAUGUAUCUGCCCAUCCAGCAGGGCUUUGACCACUACGUUGGGGUGCCUUAUUCCCAUGACCAGGGCCCCUGCUCCAACCUGACCUGCUUCCCCCCCGACAUCAAGUGUUUUGGGACGUGUGACACCGGGAUGGUGACCGUACCGCUGAUGAACGACGACGCCAUCGAACGGCAGCCCGUCAGCUUUCCGGACCUGGAGAAGACGUACGGCGACUUUGCGGCGGAAUUCAUCUCGACGUGUGCCGGGAGGAACCGGCCCUUUUUCCUCUACUACGCCUCGCAUCACACCCACUACCCCCAGUACGCCGGGAAGGAUGCGACAGGCCAGUCUCGCAGGGGGCCCUUUGGCGACGCCCUCGUGGAGUUCGACGGCACGGUGGGAAACAUCAUUCGGGCCCUGAAGGACGGCGGCAUCCACAAAAACACCUUUGUGUUCUUCACCUCCGACAACGGGCCUUCUCUGAUGCGCAUGUCACGGGGCGGCAACGCCGGCCUUCUGAAGUGCGGGAAGGGGACCACCUAUGAGGGAGGGGUGAGGGUGCCCGCCAUCGCCUACUGGCCCGGACGAAUCAAGCCAGGUGUCACACACAAGAUGGCCAGUACUCUGGACAUACUGCCAACCAUCACCAGCCUCGCGGGGGCAAAACUUCCCAGAGUGCACCUGGAUGGAUUCGACAUGAGCAAUAUCUUAUUCAGACAUGGGCCGAGUAAGAGGAAGGCAAUGUUCUAUUACCCCAUGGACCCCAGUGAAGAGAUAGGCCUGUUUGCUGUCAGGCUUGGGAAGUACAAGGCUCAUUACUACACAUGUGGCUCCAUCCUCAGCGACACCACGCCGGAUCAGGACUGUCACUCAACCUCAUCCCUCAAGCAGCACGACCCACCACUUCUUUUUGACCUUGAGGCUGAUCCUUCGGAGAACUACAACCUAGCCAUGUCCGAGGACCCAGAAUACAAGGCCGUGCUGCAUAAGAUCCAGAAGGUGAAGGCACAGUUUGAAGAGAGCAUGGUGUUCGCGGAAGCCCAGGUGGGGAAAGGUGUAGAUCCAUCUCUGGAGCCUUGCUGCAUCCCAAAGUGCACCCCCAAACCUGCCUGUUGUAUAUGCCCUUAGAACACAUCUGAGACACACCAGCACAUGAAAACGUAAUAUGCAAUAUAACCUUCCAUUUGAAAUGUUGGCAUAGGCUAUGAUCUCAGCUACAAAGUGCAUUUAGGCAAAACAUGGAUCAAUGAAGCAUUUGCUGUUUUAUCCCUGGCCUUACUGCUGCAAUUUUAAUCAACCUGAGCUGGAUGUCUUGUGUGCUGGUGACUCUGUCCAUUCCAGUCAAUUUGUAAGUCUGAAGUGUUGAAAGCAAAUUAACAAAAUAAAUGUUUUGUGUUACCCAAUA